AUGAGGGGCUCAUUAGUUUGCUUACUAAUUCAUUUGGCAGCAGCCGUUUCUUGGGGUCUCCCAUGGUCUGGAGACGCAACAUCAUGCGUUCGCUUCGAAGAGGCGACAGUCGACGCCGACGGUCCCAACACUGAGAAUGAUCUCGCUUCCGCCGAAGCCAAGAUAGCUGAUUUCUUGGAGGCUACGCCAACAAAUGGCAAGUUUCAUGUACAAGGAUGGCGAUGGCAUACAAUGUCACUGGUACGUGAAGCCGAUCGACUUAAUAAGCUAGCUACGAAGCUUUUGGAGAAAUCAUCGUCCGACGAAGCCCAUAGUUUGGAGAAAGAGGUGGACUAUGUCGUUGGUUUCAACAUGAAAGGCCUUCACAAAAUUGAACGGGACUUGUUCUUUCCUUGGGUUCGGAAAAAAAUGGAGCUAUCUAUAAAGAAUCCAGACUUUGCAAAAGCCUUUUCUACGGUCAUGGACCAGCUCGAGGGAGACCGACAAACGAUGGAGACCUUAGGGAUGUCGUUGGCUGAAAUCACACGAAUGGCUGCCGACUCAGACAAUCCGUCGAAUGUGCGCAUGGACGCAUAUGACGCAGUUGCUUCCAUGUCAGCGACUCUCGCCAAGUACGGUCGAGCUAUGCUGGAGCGAGAGGACAAAUUUUUAGUUCCGGCCGUCGCAAAUAUCGUCCCAGAAUCGGAGCAAAAGUCUUUCAACAAUAAGGUCAUACGAAAUCUAGGAGUUUUCGACUCUCGCGUGCAUCUCGUUGGGAUGCACGAGGCUGUCUGGCAGCUCGACAAAGAAUCAGAGCGAAAGCUCUUUGAUGAGACGAUACCAUCUAUCCCACGAAAGAUGAUCCCAAGAUGGAAACGGCUUUUGUACGAACCUGCUAUUGGAAAGUUGAAUGACCUAUGAAUGGUAAGGCGUCUCGUUUGUCUUUUAUUAUUAUUUUGAGCUCGACCUGCGCGU